UAUUAAUAAUCACUGAAGCACACAGAAAGAAAACAUAUUAUUUUCAUUACAUCAGUUAAAAAAUGUUUCCAGCACCUCAUUACAGGGAACAGCUUUCAAUAAUGUUAUCAGAGGUUUUAGAGGACAUUGGUGUCAAUGAACAAAUGGUGAUGAGAAAGACAAAAUUAAUGAAGAUGCUUGAGACUAUGAGUACUGUUACAAUGAGGUCAAAUGGUACAGAUAUGACUUCAUAUAUUUUAGGUAGUCAAUCUGAAGGGUCAACUACUAUAGGACUUAAUUCAGACAUAGAUUUUGUAGGAUGUGACGAUAAUGUCAAUGUUAUACAAAAUUUGUCAGAGUGGGAACAUGGCAAGCAAAACUAUCUCAUGAUACAAAAUGAAAACACUACCCCCGGGUAUUGUUUUCUACAACUGCUUCGACAUGACGAACCUCUUCCUGUCACUGAACGUCCUGAUGACCACCAUAUACUUGAAAAAAGAAAAAUUUUGAGUAAAAACACAAUUAAAAAUGACUAUCUGUAUUCUGGUGAUGAGCAGCAUGGGCCAUCCAUUGCUACGCUAGGACAAUAUGUAUUCUGUGAUAAAGACAAUGUGCUUGCUUAUCCCUGUAAAUCAUGGCCUCAAUCAGCAUUAAGUUGGUUAGAAAAAAAAGGUACAGGGAAAUGGACAAAUCAAGAGAUGAAAAGAUAUGCAGUCGAUACUCGUUGUCUUGUUGUUCCAACUGGAAGCAAAGUCAGUGUACACCCUGAACUUGAAUGGAGAAUAUCUACAUCACUGGCAGAGAGAUGCCUAAUGUUGUAUUUAAAUAUAACACAAAUCAGGUGCUAUGUAUUAAUGAAAAUGAUUCUUAAAUCAUUUCUGAAUCCUCUGGGGAAAAUAAACAUAUCAAGUUAUAUGUGUAAACAGUUUUAUUAAAUUGUGUAGAAAACACUGAACAAAGUAUAUGGAAGGAGGACAAUUUAUUAACAUGCUUGAUAUUCUCUUUACAAGAAUUAUACUGUUCUGUACAGAAUGAUUAUUGUUCACAUUUCAUUAUAUCUGAAAACAAUUUGAUGGCAGGGCAAUUUUCUUCUGAGACAAAACAAAAACUUUUAGAAAAUAUAAGUGACUUUAUUCAGAAUGAUGGACGUUCUUUCAUUGGAAUUGAUAUUGAUGAUCUUGGAUAUAGACUUCAAGUUAAACUGAACAUGGUGCCACAAAAAGUGUAUGGUUUUCAUUAUUCUCUUCAAACAUUUGCUUUAGUAUACAUCAACUUUGCAUUCAUAUUAAGUGAUAUUCACCAACAUUUUUUCAAAGAAUUACAAAAUGAAAAUAUUGAAAAAAUAAACCAAUCUGUUGGAAAAUUAGUUUUCCAAAUGACCUAUGCCAUUAGUAAUGGUGAGAGACUACAACACACUAUAUUCAAGUUUCUUGCACCUUUGACCUUUACCACAUAUGGAUCUGCCUUAGCAUCAUCCAGUUUUGGGGCAAAUAAUCAAGUACUACCUGAAGCAAUGGAUUGGCUAUCGGCUGGUUUGACCUCAGAUGUUACUUCUGGCAGACUGAAAAUGGCAUCAGUAUUCUACAGUAUAGGAGAGAUGGAGAAAGCUGAGGAGAUCCUUAGACGAACUGAACAACUAUAUAACUCUCAUCCUGUUUUAUCAAUUUGCAGCCGCUUAUUGAGGUCUCCACCAACAGUAUCUGAAGACUUUGCCAAGGUAUGCAUUGAAGAUAAUGAAGACUGUAUCAAACAUAUUGUAGCAUUUUGUGUCCAUUUCAUACCGCAGGAAAUCAACUGCGUUCCUCAUGAACUACAAUAUGAAAUGUUCAGAUCUACACAAGAUGAUAAGUUAUACAGAGAUCCAUUAUAUGACUGUUGGAUGGACUGGGCUACAGUUGAUUCUCUACCUUUCUUGUACUUUCUACAAUACAAGAUCUACAGUCAUCUACAAAGACAAGAAGAAAAACAACAAGCACUCGAUAAUAUUAAAAGAACCAUAGUAACUGAGGAAAACAUUUCACAUAUAGAAACAGCACUCAAUAUUUUAGGGCAAUGUAUGGAACAAGAAAACAGACCACAGGAUGCUUUAGAAUAUUACAUACGUUCCCUGCAACAAAGAACAAGAAACAAUGCAGCAAACAUUCAUAUAUGCCGGCUUCUCUCCCGUUUACUAGUUGCCAAAUAAAUUGGACAAAAUACACAUAUGUGAUAAGAUUUGAAGUUUGAAGUAAUACUGUACUGCGUGUCCAUAUCAAACUGAUUCAAAUGUAAAAUCAUGUGCCUUUCAUCCUUGCUGUUACAGAUGAUAUUGAUCAUCCAAGUGUAACAUGGUUUAAAGCUUCUACCUUAAAUUUUUGGAGUAAAAUGCUACUUAGAAAAAAAACAAGUGGGCAAUAAUUGCCCUGAAAUUGCUCACCUGAAUAUAAAACUCUCCAAGACAAGGAACAAGUAAUACUGCAAUCUGUAGACAAUUUUGUUCCCAGGGCCUAUGUGUGAACAAACUGAUAAGAAGAUUUUUCAUACUUAAUAUCUAAGCACUAGCUCUUUGUUUUUUUUUUUAAUAUUUUGGUUUUACAAUAUACAUAUAAGGGAAAUCAAUAAACCCCUUUUGCGGUGCCAAUUUUGACCUCAGGCCCCGUGUUCACAAAGAUUUUAAGAUCAGGAUCAAGAUCAGGAUCAAAUUUAAAAACUCAAAUACUCUCCAUUAUUUAUCCUCAUAGAGUAAAUAUUCAGUAUUAACUUGAUAAAACUGGACUUGAAAUAGCAUGUUUAUGAAAUUUUAGAAUAAAUUAUUGUUAUUUUUACAAGAUAUUGGCCUUUUACAGUUGAUUCAAAUUUUGAUCUUGAUCCUAAAAUUGAUCCUUAUUUUGAUCCGAUUAUUUUUGUAUUUGUUUUGUUAUUUGUUGAUUUUAUCCCAAAAUAGAUUUGUUUCUUUGCAAAUAAGCAAUUAUUUAUAUUUCGAAUAUGUACCAUUUAAUUCUAGCAUAAUACAAUCAGUUUUACUUUUAUAUAUUAAUGAAAAUAAAAUCAGGACCAUCUGAUUCUAAUCCUGAUCUUUUCUUUGUGAACACGGGGCCAGGCUUUUAUUUGAACAAAUUUGGUGGAUACAUUUAAGAUUUUUUCAUGCUAAAUAUGUAAACUCCAGCUCUCCAGAGUUUUUUUAUUAAAAGAAGAUUUUUUUUAAUAUAUACAUAUAGGGAAAACCAAUGACCUGCUGGGGCGAGGCCAAUUUUGAACAUAGGGCUUUUAUUUGAAUACACGUGGUAAACACCCAUUAGAAGAUGGUUCAUAUUUUAUAUCUUAGCUCUAACUCUUUGGGUUUUUUGAAAGAAGAUUAUUUAAGUUUUUACUAUAUACAUAUUAGGAAAAUCAAUGACCCCUGCGGUUGAGCCAAUUUUGACCCUAGAGCUUUUAUUUGAACAACAUGGUCAUGGACACUCACUAGACGAUGUUUCGUGCCCAAUAUCUCAGCUCUAGCUCUCAGGGUUUUCUAAAAGAAGACUUUUUAAGUUUUUUCUUUUGGCUACCAUGGCAACCAGAGUUCUGCAUGGAAUUUAAUUCUUUUGAACCAUUUUCAAAGGUGCCCACAAAAGUUCCUGUUUGUGUGAAAUUGGCUCAGCGGUUUAUGAGGAGAUGUUGUUUAAAGUAAAAGUUUACGGACUGACGCGGGACGUACGGACGCCACACGAAAAGCGAUCACAGAAGCUCACCCUGUCACUUUGUGACAGGUGAGCUAACAAAACAAAUAAUAAAGUUUGGUUAACAAGAUGAAAAAGUUUUUUUAAUACAUGAAUUUGAUUUCAUAGAUUACUUAUCAAACAUAACAGACAUUCAUAAGUAAGGCUUAUCUUAAAAACAUUCAUGUCUGCUUUCUGUCCAGUAUAUAAUUUGUUUAUUCAGUUUAGUAUAGCCAAUUCAGACUAUAACUAUUUAUCACAGGCAAUAUUUUAUAUUCAAGGUCAUACUUGAUUUGAAAGGAUCUUUUUCAAAAAUCAGUGCCCGACACUUGGAGUGUUAUAUUUGUGAAAAAUCGGUUAUAUGUUCAGUUUAUAACUUUCUCAUUAAUGGAUGGACUUUCAAGAGUUUGUUAGUAAAUAAUAGUGAAUAGAUAUGGUUUCUUAUUUAAAAACUGAAAUGGUUUCUGAUUUGUAGCUGAAAUGGUUUCUGACUUGAAAAUGUGGAUUUAUGUCAUUAUAAAUGAUGACUUUCUAAAGACGGUAUGUGUUUCGACUGAAAAUCAUGGAUGUUUUUUUACAGCAUUGGGCAUACUGAGAUGAUAAAAUGUGUUUUUUGUUAAUGUUUCUUUAUUCUUGUAACAAUCUUUUUAUAUUAUCUAUGCCUUCAUUGUAUAUCAGAGUAAAUGAUUCCUAUACUCUGCCCAGCUUACUCUGCCUAUCUAUUGUUUCAAAAAUCUUAGAAAGAACUGUAUAUAAUCAGUUAGAAUCUUUUUUAGUUAAGCAGGGACUAUUAUAUGAAUUACAAAGUGGUUUUAGAUGUAAUUAUUCUACUGACUCCUGCCUAAUCCAUCUCACUGACCAUGUAAAAAGUCAAACUUCCAAAGGACUGCUCACCGGUAUGAUUAUGUUAGAUUUGCAAAAGGCGUUUGACACUGUGGACCAUUACAUCUGUGUAGAAAGUUACAAAAAAUGGGUGUGGAGUCAGUAGAUUGGUUUCAAUCUUAUUUAACUGGUCGUAGUAAAAUUGUAAAUGUAAAUAAUACUAUGUCUGAAGCUAUGAAUAUUACAUGUGGUGUUCCUCACGGAAGUAUUUUGGGCCCUCUAUUGUUUCUAUGUUAUGUCAAUGAUAUGAGUAUUAGUAUUAGCAAAAAAUGUAAGCUUAUU